AUGCAUACAGAUUGGUUCUCCAAACUCGAUGUCGACGAAAAAUUUGUUUUCAUUUACAGAUUAAACGCAAUUGGAAAGCUUUUGAGCAAGCAGAAGUACCCAAUGAUCUUUGAAACAACGGGUGGCGCAGAGAACCUCAUCAGAACCGCUCUAAUGUUCUCACAAGGAGUUCUAAACUUCAAUGACACAAAAAUUGACAUAAUUUACGAAAUUUCAGCGAAAAUUUUGAAAAUUUGUCCGGAAAUUGUGUCGAAAUUCGCUCCAAAAGAGUUCACGGUCGCUGCCAACACAAGGAGCCCGUCCUCUAUACUCUUCUUCGCAGAGGCUUGCUCUCAGAACUCCGAAAUCCCGGCAGAAAUCGAAGAAAUACCAAAUAUAAUAAGAGAAUUGGUUAUUGAUGAAAAGUGCCAAAUUUCGGAGUCUCAUUCAAAUAUUUCUGAGAGUGUAUUGAAAAUUUUGAUGAGUCUUCAGAAUUUUGCAGAUAUCAUCGGUAUAUUAUGUAAUUUGUGCGAACCAGCAUUUGCAAUGCAAAUUGUUACUUUUCCACAGCUAGUUGUCAAAAUUUCUCUGCAAAUUCCAAGUCAAUACAGAAAUCAAAUAUUAGAAACGUUUAUUGAAGCAUUUCUUAAGAGAUUCAACUUCCCUGCAAGCUUAUCUGAUAGGAUAUCAUUCAAAGCUCCAACAAAUGAGUUCGCAAAUGCUGUUUUUGCUGCAUUUACUGAGAUUUUCCCUAAAAUUGAAGAAGUUCCUUAUCACGAGGAAAUAUUCCACAUCCUCAUUAACAAUGUACUCCUUAAUAGGUCAGUUUAUUACGAACCAUCUCUGGAAUUGAUGAAUUUGAUUAUGGCGAUGUUAGAUCGUUUUACAGACCUUGUUGCCAAGUCUUAUGACAUUCUUAAGGCAGCUAAGACUGACAAUAGCGAUGGAGUUCUCAUGAAAUUGAAUUCUUUCGUUGAAAAGAAAAUUUUAUCAGAAAAAUCAAUUUCUUCGAACGUUGCUUAUGAAUUAUAUCAGAAUGUUAAGUUCAUAAACUUAGUUCUUAGCGAUGUUUUCUCUGAAAAUACUUGGGAAUUCGAAUUACAAAAAUUAUAUUCAAAUCUUUUAAUUUUCCCAGCUGAAACCGUCUCUUCUAAGAAGUUUGAUGAACUUUUUAACUGUUCUUCUUUGAAAGAAGUCAUUUCGAAGUUUUCUUCCUUAGAUUAUUUAUCAAAUUCGAAAUUUGAUGAAAAUAUCAUUUAUUCAAGAGAAGAAUUAAUACUAUCCUUGACAAAUAAGCCAAUUUUACAAGGAAAUGUUUAUCCUUCGUUGGUUUCUUCGAUGAAUUUUAUUUCUAAAACAAUUUUGAAGAAUGUUACAGAAAACAUGGUCUAUACAUCAAUUCUAUCAAGAAUGGAAGAUGAAUUAUCCAAUCCAAGCUUCUGUCUCGAUAGAUUUUUUGAGAUAAUUUCAGAAGUCCAAAAUGACGCUGUCAGAUUGCAUACGAUUUCAUCAAGAAUACAAUCUGUAUUCGAAACAUCGUCCGAAAUCACGAACAGCUUCAUUAAAAACUAUGAUCACUUCAAAUAUCUCUUGGAUGACCGCGAAAUCGUCAGAAAAGAGUAUGCAACUGUUCUUAUAACUGCAUGUCGCUGCAAUCCUUCUCAAAACAUCUUAAAUGACCUUUUAGAGAAGAUUAAUCCUGAUUUAUGCCAAAGUUGGGCCAAAUUAGAUUCAAUUUUCAUCGUAGCCAGUUCACUAUGUCCGAAAAGUGAAGAAUUUUCAGUUGCUGAGAGAUUAUCCCAAUUUGUAACGAUAGAUCUCGAAAACUACACAACGCAACAUGAAAACGAAGACAUAUAUGUUGAUAUUGACCACACAGGACUGUUUAAUCUCCUUUCCAGGAUAGAUUUUGAAGAAAUUCCAACAUUUAUUUCGGCAUUUCUCCAAAUUAUCAUGUUCAAUGAGAUGUUUAAGUCCAAGAAGCAUCUCCAGUCGUUUAUCAGGUUCAUUUCGAAGACAAUUUUCGAUAAUAAAAUUUUACAAGAAGAAUUAUUCGGAAAUUUGAACAAAGAAGGCCAAAUUGUCUCUCCGUCAGUUGCCAGCCAAUUAUUCGUCGUAAAUCUCGCAAUAAACGACGGAAACAAAGAAAGACGAAAUAAGCAGUUUGUUUCCUUCUUUUCUAAGCAUUGCAGUGACGAUUACUCGGUGAACUUUGUGUAUGAGUUCUCAAUUGAUGCUCCUGCCGCUGGAGAUUUGAUUUUCGAAGGAUUCUUCGGAAAUUUGGGUCUCUGGAUAGAAACGUGGUUGUUUUCCUGGUACGAGAACGUGAGACAGCAAUUCUGCAGCAUGAUUUGGUCGAUCAUUGACAAAAUUUCCGUAGAUGAAAAAAUUGUAAUUUUGAAUUCGAUUUUUGAAGUACUUUUACGGAUGAUUUCCUCCUUAGAGAAGAUACCGCGCAGGAAUUACAUAGAUAUAGAGAACAGAAACACGAAAAUCAACAUGCCGGACGGAGAUUUUUACAAAUUCUUCAGAUCUGUCAUGUCUUCAGGGUUUUUGAACAACGAACUGCUUAAGAACUCUAACCAGUUGUACAAAUACGUGCUAGAAUUCCAAAAUAUCGAUUCUCCGACUUCUAUUCCUCGAAUCCACCUUUUAUUCUUCAUUUUCAAAGCUAUUUCACCAGACAAAGGCCCUCAACUGUUCCUUGGCUUCGAUUAUCCGAAAUUCCUUUCCUCUCUUUCGAAUUUUGAUUUCGAAAAUCCCCUGAUUUCUCCUGAGCUUUCCAUCCUGUACAACAUCAUAAUAAGGACCCCGCGUAGUCUAAUCCCUGUUUUCUAUGCUUCCAGUGUGUUUAGGAGAUCUUUACCGUACAUUUUCAAUAAUCAUUUCGAAUUCGCCAAUGAAUUCUAUUAG